AUACCACACUUCGCUCCUGUCAAACGUCAGUUUCUGAUCUCCCACGGAACUUGUAAGAUAAACAUGCCAGAGCUUACUUCAAAGGGCACUACCAUUUCUAAAAAGGGCUUCAAGAAGGCGGUGGCUAAAACUCAAAAGAAGGAAGGCAAAAAGCGCAAGAAAAGCCGCAAAGACAACUAUUCUAUUUACCUCUACAAGGUGCUGAAGCAGGUUCACCCCGACACUGGAAUCGCUUCCAAGGCUAUGAGUAUUAUGACUUCUUUUGUUACUGACAAUUUUGAGCGCAUUGCCAAUGAGGCUUCCCGCCUGGCGCAUUUUGACAGGCGCUCAACCAUCACCUCCAGGGAGAUCCAGAUGGCUGUGCGCCUGCUGCUGCCGGGGGAACUAGCCAAACACGCGGUGUCAGAGGGCACCAAGGCCGUCACCAAGUACACCAGCUCUAAGUAAAACAUGAUCUAACCAGCAGAUGAGCUCCACAAACCAAAGGCUAAAGAGCCACUGUAAAGUUUCUAAUAGGGCUGUAGGCUGUUUUAUGAAUAUGCCUCGUUGCCAACUGAUCGAUUAGGCAAACACCGUUAUCUUUAAUUCUAAAGUUAGCAUUAACUAUCUGCAGCAGUUUUGGUGAAAGCUAGUCUCACAGCUGAAACAAUUCAAAGGGAGCUUCCAUAAUCCUGGGUUCAUGGGGAUAUUCUUCCUGUGGUCACUGCUAUGGGGAAAUAAGACUUGCCUUUUUGUCUACAUUUUCUAUUUCAAACCCUGUAUGAUGACAGCGAAAGAGGCCUGGAGCUUCCCACUUAGGGAAGUCUGGCACUGAGCAUUAGGCUGUUUGCUUUCUCUUGACUUUGGCCACCAUGCGUGCAUAACAUCCACCAAGUCCGGGUGGAUCUAUUUCAGCGCCUUGUAGAUGUAAACGGAAUAGCUCUCUCUACAGCAUCUCCUGCUUUUCAGGCUCAUUCUUUUCUCACAUAUUAUAAAAAAGUGAUCAAGAUAACUUCCCUUGAACUGCCAGGAUUUGAGGUCCGAAGCCCAAGCCUUCUGCUCUCUUGUGAACUCCAGAAAGUCAACUGUUUAUUCAAUGUAACAGUUCUUAUCUUGCUUAGCCAUUUAAGAAUUCUCUCCCCAGGGAUUUCCAGUCAAUCCCAACAGAAGUGUUCCUGAACUGUGUUCCAGAUAUCCAUGAGUAUCACCCUAUUCUCAUGGUUGUCCAAUAUUUUAAAAAUGAAUAGUUACCUCAUUUACAGUAAAAAAAUACCCAGAACUAUAUUUGACUCUUUAAAAUGCCAAAUAUAUAUUAAAGUGGGUGAUCAGUUCACACCCAUCCCGUGGUCUUCUGAAGGAGAAUGACUCAGACAGCACCUGAACUAGGCUCAGUUCUAGAAAAUGGACUGAAGAGGAAUGGGGUCUUAAGACCCCAAGACCCAGUCGAAUAGACUGACUUUUCCUGCCUUUACUUUAUCCUGUCCUCUCUGGGUGAAGCCUUGGAAUUGUGUGACCAGCAUGACGUCAAAGUCAGAGUGUCGAGAGCAGAGGCAGGACUGCAGGGCAGUGGAGCCUGGGCUGUGAUCACUCUGUUAGUGGAACUUCUCUGCCUUUGGUGACAUUGCUUAUCUCAACAAGUCCAGCUGGCAUUUCCUGUUAUUUGCAGUCAAAAAUACAUCUGAUAUAAAAGCUACAUGAGGUUUGUUCUGAAAAGGUUUUAUUUGCUUGUAUUCAUAAUUAUCGAUUGCCCAGAUAAUCCUAAAAGUCCUUGGGUAGCCGGCACGGUGGCUUACGCCUAUAAUCCCAGCACUUUGGGUGGAUCACGAGGUCAAGAGAUUGAGACCAUCCUGGUCAACAUGAUGAAACCCCGUCUCUACUAAAAAUACAAAAAAUUAGCUGGGCAUGGUGGCGCAUGCCUGUAAUCCCAGCUACUCAGGAGACUGAGGCAGGAGAAUUGCCUGAACCCGGGAGGUAGAGGUUGCGGUGAGCCGAGAUCGCG